AGUGCCCAAACCAACGGGUAAUGGUUAUCGGGCAAGAUGGUAGCGUGUAUAGUGAGGAAGAUGAAGAAGAUGGGGAGGGUGUGGGCACUAAAGAAGUGAGCCCGGACACCGACAUAGCUUUUUCUAGUGGCGAAGAAGAAGAUACACCCUUAAGGGCUAUGGUUGUACUCCGAAUGCUCAAUGUACAACCCAACCUUGAGGAGCAUAAGGAGCAAAGGUGCAACAUCUUUCAUAUGAAGUGUAAGGUGAAGUCCAAGACGUGCUUGGUCAUCAUAGAUGGAGGGAGUUGUACAAAUGUGGUGUGUGACCGGUUGGUGGCCAAGUUGGGAUUGAAGGUACUUAAACACCCAAACCCCUACAAAUUGCAAUGGUUAGGGGACUCCGGAGAGUUGAGGGUGAAGGCUCAAUGCAAAGUUCCAUUGAAGAUUGGGGAAGUUGAGGAAGAAAUCCUAUGUGAUAUCAUUCCUAUGACGACAUGUCAUGUUUUGCUAGGGAGGCCAUGGGAGUUUGAUAGAAGGGCCUACAAAAAUGGCUUCACGAAUGAGUAUUUCUACAUGCUCAACGGGUUGAAGGUUCGUUUGAAGCCAUUGCUACCUAGUGCCGUGUUUGAGGCUAGCCAACAUCUACAAAAGGAAAGAGAGAGAGAUAGGGAAAAAAGGCUAGUAGAAGAAUGUGAGCUAAAAAAGCCAAGUGAGAGGGGGGUGGUGAGAGAAAAAUAA